GAAAUAAAAUUGCGUAUUAAUCAUUUCUAAAGUAUAUAGUAGUAUGGGUGAAUAUAAUCAAGAUGGAAAAAAGAAUGGAUAAUGGAUACAUUUUUCAAAUAAUACUUAAUUUGAAAAAAUUGAUGUCUUUGAAAAUUUUAUAGAAAAGGAUUAAAUAGUUUAUUUUGGAGAAUAUAAGAAUGGUUAAAAAUAAGGCGAUUGGAAAAUAAAAGAAGGAAAGAAAAUCAUAAAAGGAAAUUCAAUAAUGUAAAUUUGCAUUUAUAUUAAUAAGUGGAGGUGGUGUAUAUGAUAAUUAAGGUUUAAAGGAUGGAAGUUGGAUUGAACUAUGGAAAUUUAAAUUGUAAAAAUAUUAUAUGAUUUGUUCAGAUCUAAUUAUAUUAUAUUAAAAGGAUUUUAUAAAAAAGGAAUUAAAUAUGGUAAAUGGGAUAUAUUUCUUAAUAAAAAUAAAGGUUUAGAAAGAAUGUAAUUAUUAAUAAUAUUAUACCUAAAGUGGAGGUGGUAGUUAUGAUUUUGAAGGAAUGAAGCAUGGAAAAUGGAUAAACUUACAUGAUAAUUAUAAUUAGUAUGAUUAAAUAGAUAUAUAUAUUUUAGCAAUUGUUAAGUUUUUGAAACUGGAUUAUAUAAUCAUGGAAUUAAAUAAGGAAAAUGGGACUAUAAAACUAUAAACUUUUAUGAGCAUGAUGUUCUAACCUAUCCUUUUUGGCCUAAAGAUAGUUUUUAUAAAAUGUUGUUCUUAUUAUAUAAUUAGUGCUGGAGGAAAUUAUGAAAAAGGAAUAAAAUAAGGAAAAUGGAUUGAAUUAGAUGAAAAUUAUCAUUAUUAACAUUAAAUAUUAUAUGAAGGACUAUAUAGAAAUAAUAUAAAGUAAGGAGAAUGGGAGAUAUUAGAUCAUCAUAAUUCAAAUUUAUAAAAAAAGUAUAUUCCCCUUAGAAUUUUAGAGGUGGCGGAAUUUAUGACGAGGAAGGGUUCAAAAAUUUUCAAUGGAUUGAAUUAGAUAAAAAUAAUAAAAAGAAACUAAAACUUGUUGAAUAUUCAAAUGGAAAAAUUAUAAGCGAAGAAAUAUUAUAAAAUAAAAUCUGA